AUGAUCUUGGAGCUCCAGGCUGCGGGCUCGUGGCUCCCAUCCCUGGUCCUGUGGCCUGUGCUAGCCAUGUUACUGGUCAUCCUCUCCCUCUCUUUCUACGUCCUCUACAACCUCAUCCUCCACCCGUUACGCAAGUAUCCAGGCCCCAAGCUCUGGGCGGCAACCCGCAUCCCCCACUCGAUGAUGAUCCUUCGCGGCAACCCUCACAAGGAGAUCCUCAGCCUACACCAGCGAUACAACGCCGAUAUCAUCCGUAUAUCUCCCAAUGCUCUAUCCUUUCUCCACCCGGACGCCUGGAAGGACAUCAUGGGCCACCGCAAGGGCAAAGCCGAAGAGAACGGGAAGGAUCACACCGAGCAAGGCAACAAGGAAAUCCUUUUUAGCGACCGCGAGAACCACUCGCGAUUCCGCCGCAUCCUCGCAAACGGAUUCUCCGCCAAGAGCAUGCAGGAUCAGGAGCCCAUCAUCCUCGGCUACAUUGACCUCCUCGUCAAGCGCCUCCACGGCAUCGCGAGCAGGGGGCCUGUCGAUGUUGUGGCCUGGUACAACUACACCACCUUUGAUAUCAUUGGCGACCUCGCUUUUGGUGAACCGUUUGGCUGUCUCGACAAUUCCGAAUACCACCCCUGGGUCAAGCUCAUAUUUGAGAGGAUUAAAAUGCUCAUGUUGUUCAAUGUCGCCAACAGCUACAAGGGCGUGGGUCCACUUCUCAGGAUGUUUGUCCCCAAGUCGCUGAUCAAGAGCGGCCUGGCGCAUAUGGAGCUUGUCCGGGAGAAGGUCAACAAGAGGGUAUCACUUGGCAUGUCGCGGCCCGACUUUGCAGAGGCCAUGCUCAAGAAGAAGCAAGAGGAGGCCAUGACCGAGGAAGAAAUCCACGAAAACUCAAACGUUCUCAUCAUCGCUGGCUCUGAGACGACGGCCACAGCCCUCUCGGGCGCCACCUACUUGCUGACAACGAAUCCGGACGUGCUGGCGAAGCUCACCCACGAGGUCCGGAGUAAGUUCGCGAGUGAAGAGGAGAUUGACAUCAAGAGCACCGCCAAACUCGAGUACCUCCAGGCAGUCCUUGAAGAAACGCUGAGGAUGUACCCGCCCGUCCCCAGCGCGUUGCCGCGCCUCACCCCCCCGUCGGGACAGGAGGUCCUGGGCCAGUGGGUCCCUGGCAACACAAGCUUGGCCGUCUGGCACUGGGCAAUGUACCACACCGAGAAGAACUUUGCCAAGCCCUUCGAGUUCCGGCCCGAGAGGUGGUUGGGCGACGCGGAGUUCGCCAACGACCGCGGCGACGCGCUCAUGCCGUUCCAUACCGGACCCAGGAACUGCAUCGGCAUGAACCUCGCCUACGCUGAGAUGCGGAUCAUUCUCUCUAGAAUCGUCUGGAACUUUGACCUCCAACUGGCCCCCGAGAGCAAAAGCUGGAUCGAUCACCCGGUCUUCGUCCUCUGGCACAAGCCGGGCUUGAUGGUCCACCUGACGCCGAGGAAGUCGGGCUGA